UUUACGCGUUGAGUUGCUACGAUCACGAUUGCCGUCACUCGAGUUGUCUUAUACAGACGUGUUCAACAAUAAUAAAAAUAUUGAUACUGUUCGACGACGGCACACCGAUCAAUCCACACAGCACCGUUGCAGUAGUUACAGUUAGGUAAAUGAAAGGUUACACGCGAGAUCUGUAAAGGUAAUCUUUAUAGAUCUUGCACUGUGCAGGUGGACCUGAACGGCAGCCAUAGCGUUACCGUCUUAGCAUUUCCGUCUGCAGCUAGCUGUGCAGUUGGAUUCGCCAUGUCGGGCGUGUGGUCGAUUCCGUUCGUCCAACUCUUCGCCGCCACAGUUCUACUCGUGACGUUCCUGGGUUACAUGUACUUGACGUACCACUACGGAAAGUGGAUCGGGCUCGGCGUACCGCACGCCGCGCCGUCGCCGCCGUUCGGCAGCCUGCGUGACGUGGUGAUGGGCCGUGUACCGCUCGUCGACGCCAUCCAUUCGCUGUAUCACCGAUUCGACGGGCAACGGUAUUUCGGCAUCUAUGAGGGACGCCAACCGUUGCUGGUGGUCUGUGACCCCCAGCUGGUACACACUAUCAUGGUAAAGGACUUCCGAUCGUUCGUCGACCGGAACGCGGGCAAGGUGUCGUUCGUGCACGACAAGCUGUUCGAUCACUUGGUGAACCUGCGGGGUGAACAGUGGAAAGCAAUUAGGGCCAAGUUGAGUCCCACUUUCUCGGCCGCAAAGCUCAAGUCCAUGUUGGGUGACAUAAAUGUGUGCACGGCGCGUCUGAUCGACAACUUGAAUGGGCAGAUAACGAAAAACAGUGGAAUCGUUGAUGUCAGUGAAGCGUCGGCUCAAUUUACAACUGAUACUAUUGGCAGUUGUGCUUUUGGACUAGACUGCGAUGCACUGUCAAAUCCAGAUUCAGAGUUUCGUCGUACAGGACGAGCCAUUUUUAUGCCAAGUCUUCGAUCGACUUUACUAAAUAUCACCAGAUUAGUUGGUUUUGGUCGACUUUUAGAUGUAUUUAGGAUACGUGGUAUGUCUGGAAACAUAUAUGACUUUUUUGAUAAUCUACUCGAGACUACAAUGGAACAACACAAAUCUGGAGAAAAUACACGUAACGAUUUUAUAGCACUUUUAGUAAAGUUAAAAGAGGAAGAAAAACAGAAGGAACCCGGACAAAAACUAUUUACUGAUGACAUAUUAGCUGCAAAUUCAUUCGUAUUCUUUGUUGCUGGUUUCGAAACUACAGCAUCAACAAUAAGUUAUUGCUUGUAUGAGUUAGCCAUGAAUCCAGAAAUUCAAGUAAAAUUGCGAGAAAAGAUCAAGAAAACAUUAGACGCAAACGAUGGAAAGCUCGCAUACGAUACGUUAAAAGACAUGAAAUAUAUGGAUAUGGUAAUAAAUGAGACAUUUAGACUGCACCCACCAGUUCCUGUUUUAAAUCGAGUGUGCACUCAGAAGUACACAAUUACGGACAGUAACAUUACACUAAAUGUUGGAGAUAAAUUAAUAAUACCCACAUAUUCAUUACAUCAUGAUUCUAAGUAUUAUUCAGACCCAGAAAUAUUUGAUCCUGAACGAUUUACCGAAGAAAAUAUAAGUUCAAGACCACACGGCACGUUCCUCCCGUUUGGCGAUGGACCUAGGAUAUGUAUCGGUUUGCGAUUCGCGAUGAUGGAAGCAAAAACAGGACUAGCGGAAAUAUUGUCGAAAUUUGAAGUAUCGCCAUGUAAAGAAACACAAACUCCGAUUAAAAUUAAGCCAAGAUCAAUUUUACUCACACCAAACGAAUCGAUUCAUUUAUCAUUCAAAAGUAUUGAACAAUCGCACUUAUUAAGUGCGAAAAUCAGUAUCACAUUAUCACCUAUAGCAAUCGUCACGCUGGUCCGAUUUGUACCUGCGCAAGUGCAUGCACUAACCGUAUGUGAAUCGUUUGCGAUGAUCUGCUUCAGUUGUUGGCUGGAGAUCGUGCCGAUCGCCGCUAUUGCGUCAGCACUACUGACGUACGUGUACUGCACGCGCUACUACGGGCACUGGACGGCGCUGGGCGUGCCGCACACCAAACCGGCACCGUUGCUGGGCCACUUCGCCGGGCCUACGAUGGGUCGCGAGUCGGGCACUAUCACCGUGGACACGCUCUACCGGCGGUUCGCCGGCCACCGGUACUUCGGGGUGUACCAGCUCCGGCAUCCAAUGCUGGUGGUACGCGACCCAGUACUGGUACACGCGGUGCUGGCCACGGAGUUCGGGUCGUUCCACGAUCGGGUGAUGAGCCGGACGUCGUUCGAACACGAUGGGCUGUUCAACAGCCUAGUGAAUCUAAGGGGCGAUAAGUGGAAAGCUGUCCGAGCCAAGUUGAGUCCCACGUUCACCGUGGCCAAGCUCAAAGCCAUGUUCGCCAGUUUACACGUGUGCACCGGCCAACUCACAGACAAACUGAUGCUCCUGACGUCCGGUGGCCAAGGUAUUGUUAAUGUCACUGAUAUAUCAUCAAAAUUUACGAUAGACACAAUUGGAAGGUGUGCUUUUGGGAUAAAUUGCAAUACAUUGUUUGACUCAAAUACAGAAUUUCAACGAGCUGGACAGGCGGUCUUUACACCCACACUGAAAUCGUCUGUGUUAAACUUCAUGAGGUUAAUUGAUCUCGGAUGGCUAGUGGACUUGUUUAGAUUACGUAGUAUGCCUGAUCUCGUCUAUGAAUUUUAUUUAAAUUUAUUUCAAGACACACUGGAGCUGCGUAAAAAUGAGAAGGAAGAUCGUAACGAUUUCGUUUCGAUUUUGAUAAAAUUGAGGAACGAUGAAAAAACAAACAACAGUCGAGUUGAAUUAUUUACGGACGAUGUCUUAGCUUCAAACGCAUUUAUAUUUUUCGCGGCUGGCUUUGAAACCACUGCAUCUGCAAUGAGCUAUUGCCUGUACGAGUUAGCUUUGAAUCAAGACAUUCAAGUCGAAUUACGCAAACAAAUCCAACAUACACUAAACGAAAACGAAGGGAUUCUUACUUACGAUGUGCUAAAAGAUAUGAAGUAUUUGGAUAUGGUGUUGAAUGAAACGUUGAGAAUGCAUCCACCUGGGCCUGGUCUACUGCGAGUGUGCACCAAAAAGUUUAAAAUACCAGACAGUGACAUAACUUUGGACACCGGUAUGAAAGUGCUUAUACCAACAUAUUCGCUACAUCACGAUCCCGCGUAUUAUCCAAAUCCCGAAUUGUUUGAUCCGCUGCGGUUCACAGAGGACAAUAAAGCUUCGAGACCAAAUGGAACGUUCCUCCCAUUUGGCGACGGACCUAGGAUUUGUAUAGGUCUGCGAUUCGCACUGAUGGAGGCCAAAACCGGACUAGCAGAAAUAAUAUCAAAAUUCAAAAUAUUUCCAUGUAAAUACACAAAAAUUCCCAUUAAAUUAAAUCCAAGAUCUAUUCUACUGACACCAAAUGAACCAAUAAGUUUAUUGUUUAAACAAAUUGCAUGAUUUUUUAGUAAAAAUAAAAUAAAACACUAUAUUUUUUUAUCAUAUUAUUA